UACUUUCUGUGACAUCUGAUGCAUGAAGCUGCACUUGAAGUGUGAUAGCAAACAAUCCUCACAUUUUUCCAAGUGACAGAGGAAAAGCUUUCGUUGAGAGUCUGAAUAUUUAGACUGGAGGAGCGGUCGGGAUUUUCGACAUUUUUACCUUUUUGAAAGACCUCCACCUGCCGCCACCAUGUGUACAGGAGCCUGCUCUAAGUUUAUCGCCAUCCCGCUCUACAUCCUGGCACUAGUGUCCAUGAUCUGCAACAUCAUUCUCUUCUUCCCUGACUUUGACACAAAGUAUGCAGCCGCAGAGGGCCAAAUCACCGAGGAGGUCAAAUACAUGGGGGGCUUUAUAGGAGGAGGAAUCAUGGUCCUCAUUCCUGCCAUCCACAUUCACCUGACCAGUGCUAAGAACUGCUGUGCCAACCGCUGUGGGAUGUUCCUGUCCAUUGGUUUCGCAGCAGCUGGUGUGCUGGGGGCCGUGUACAGUCUGAGUGCUGCUGCCCUGGGCCUCUCUAACGGGCCAACGUGCUUCUGGAGCAACAUACUGAGCCCCAUUCCAAAAUGGGGGACGCCCUUUGCUAACAGCUCCGGGAGCUACCUUUCUGACAAAGACCAAUGGUCUUGGUGUAGAGUUCCGGAGAACGUGGUUGAAUUCAACGUGGGCCUGUUCUCCACUCUGCUGGUGGCAGCGUGCUUGGAGCUCGUCUUGUGUGCCAUCCAGAUGGUCAACGGACUCUUUGGAUGUAUCUGUGGCACCUGUGGCAAAGAGCAAUAAGGUGAACGAGAGCACACCAUGACUUCUUGAUGAAGAAAUGACAGGCACCAUCAACUCUGUCAUCAUCGCCAUCAUCAUCACCACUUUCCUGAUCUGCUGCGCCGAGGGGUGAUGAGAUAGAGGCGGAGAGUCGGAAGGAUUCAAGAGGAAUGACUGGGACUAUAUCCAUAAUCGAUUGCAUUGUUUUCAUAUUACACUGAUGGAAGGCUGUAGAUGGGGAAAACGGAUGUAUGCUGUAUUUGUAUCUGUAAGUUUGUACGUUUAAAAUAUUUUGUAAUAAAGCUCCGAACAUAGGCUUACAGAGAACAUUGAAACGAUGUUGAAAUGAUUUAACAGAGGCUAAAACCUGGACUGUCUGAGAGGCAGAAAUACACACCCACAUCAAAAGAGUGUCAUAACAAGUUGUCAUUUAUUUUCUAUUGUCAAAGUUCUCAGAACAAACUAGCUUUCUCUAUGUUGAGGCCCGAAUUUCUCCUAGAGCAACGUGUAAAGAGAUAAUGUGGCCCUACA